UCCACCCCCACUGUGACAUCCACAAAGGCUUAAGGGCAGGCAGCAUUACCAGGUCCCAUCACACAGCCAGCUCCAAAAUCCUCAAGCCCAAUGGGGACAGCACCCCACCCCCAUGAGAGUGCGUAGACCUCCCAGCCUGCCCCAGGCGAUGCUCACAUUUUCCAGUGUUUAGAUUUUAUCCACUUUAUUAAUGAGGCAGGCAAGAGGCCCGGGUGAGGGUGUGGGGGUUUGCUUCUGCCCUGAUGAGAGGAGGGGGUCACAGACUCCAGACCAAUUCAGAGAACUUCAGUCCCUGGCGGGAAGAAGCUGGGCCCAAGUGGCCCUGACCAUUGCCAGCAGCAGAGGUUUUGCCCACUCAAGGCUCCCAGCCCUAGCGGGCAGACAUGCAUAGGGUGGAGCAGCCCCUGGAGGCCAGUGGGGUGCGGGUGGAGGCGGCACAGAGCCGAGGAGCCGCCCCAGGAAGAGGGAGCGGCCUGCCGGGAGCCAGGGAGCAGCUGGCGCAGGCAGCAGGAUCCUAGUUCCGGGCCAUGGGGACCCUGCAUCCUGAGCAGCACUGGGUAAGAAGUUGGGACUUGAGGGUCCACAGGCAGGGAAAAGGAAAGCAUUUUGAAAGAUGGGCUGUGGCCAUCCUGGGCUCACUGUGUUCAUGGCUCUCAGCCCAAGGCUGUCGGUCUAUCCCUUAGGUCUGCUUUAGCCCUCUCAACUAGAAAACGAAGAACAAGCCAGAGGCUGGUUCACAUAGGAGUAUGGGGUGGGCAUCUGAAUGAGGCAAUGUCAUACUGCUGAGAUUGCCAUGGAGACAGGUGUAAUUCUGGCAACAGACAUGGGACUCUGGGGAAAGAGGUGGGUCCUUGGAGUUCAAGAGCACCGAAGAGAUCAGAGAUGGGUCCAUGGAAGUAGGGGUCUGAGGACAGACCAUGGAGGCAAGAGGAUGCACUACAGGCCCUCUUGGCCACUGAUAUGAGCCCCUGCGGGCUUAACGCGAGCCUAGUGGACGAGGAGGCAACAACGUGUGCAACACCCAGGCUCCCCAACACAUCUGCGGUGCUACCAGUAGGCGAUUCCAGCACAUCACCAGCGCUGCCUAUCUUCUCCAUGACCCUGGGUGCAGUGUCCAACGUGCUGGCGCUGGCGCUGCUGGCACAAGCUGCAGGUCGUCAGCGGCGGCGCCACUCAGCUGCCACCUUUUUGUUGUUCGUUGCCAGCCUGCUGGCCAUCGACCUGGCAGGCCAUGUGAUCCCGGGCGCGCUGGUGCUUCGCCUGUAUGCUGCGGGACGUUCACCUGCUGGCGGGGCCUGUCAUUUCUUGGGAGGCUGCAUGGUCUUCUUCGGCCUGUGCCCACUUUUGCUUGGCUGCGGCAUGGCCGUGGAGCGCUGCGUGGGUGUCACGCAGCCGCUGCUCCACGCGGCGCGCGUGUCGGUGGCCCACGCACGCCUGGCACUGGCCACGCUGGCCGCCAUGGCUUUGGCAGUGGCGCUGCUGCCGCUAGCACAUGUGGGUCGCUACGAGCUACAGUACCCUGGCACCUGGUGUUUCAUUAGCCUUGGGCCUCCUGGAGGUUGGCGCCAGGCAUUGCUUGCCGGCCUCUUCGCCGGCCUUGGCCUGGCCGCGCUCCUUGCGGCACUCGUGUGCAAUACACUCAGCGGCCUGGCGCUCCUGCGAGCCCGCUGGAGGCGUCGCCGCUCUCGACGUCUCCGUGAGACCACAGGUCCCGAUGAUCGCCGGCGCUGGGGGUCCCGUGGACCCCGCUUGGCCUCCACCUCGUCUGCCUCUUCCAUCGCUUCAGCCUCCGCCACCCUCCGCAGCUCCCGGGGCGGCAGCUCGGCGCGUAGGGUUCGCGCACACGACGUGGAGAUGGUGGGCCAGCUCGUGGGCAUCAUGGUGGUGUCGUGCAUCUGCUGGAGCCCUCUGCUGGUGUUGGUGGUGUUGGCCGUCGGGGGCUGGAAUUCUAGCUCCCUGCAGCGGCCGCUCUUUCUGGCUGUGCGCCUCGCGUCGUGGAACCAGAUCCUGGACCCAUGGGUGUACAUCCUGCUGCGCCAGGCCGUGCUGCGCCAACUGCUUCGCCUCCUACCCCUGAGGGCCGGUGCUAAGGAUGGCCCAACCGAGCUGGGCCUAACCAAGAGUGCCUGGGAAGCCAGUUCAUUGCGUAGCUCCCGGCACAGUGGCUUCAGCCACCUCUGAACGUGCCCAGAAGCUAAGCCAAACCACUGCACAGGGUUCAAGGGUAUAGAGAGCCUCAAACACAGCGUGCCAUGGGCGAUGCGUCCUGUGGGGCGGCAGCACACACUGUGACAGCACAUUGGUGCAAGAGGCUCCACCCAGACGAGUACAAUUCUAACGUUGGCCACGCGAUGGCGCAGACACACGGGACGUUCCAAAUAUCAGAGGUGGGAUGGGUCCCCAGGUCAGCAGCUCCAAUAGCAUGAGCACAAUGCUGAGUCUUAGUUCUGAGAUUGGAGCUGCCCGUAAAGGCAGUAAGGUUUUGGAUUCACUCCCUGUCUCUGCUGCCGCCACAAUAGACUCUUGCAACCA